UCCCUUCUGUGACGCGGAGAUCGCAGACCGGGAAAAGGCACUUAAGGAUCAGCCCUGAAGCUCUGUGAGAGAGAGCCGCGCGCGCCGGCCGGAAGCCUGGGCGUCGGUGCGCGGGAGCCCCGCCCUCCUGGGCAGGGUCCCAGGCGGGAGGCGGGGUCGGGGCGGAGCCUGCGGCCGCGGGAAUCCCAAAACCGCCCCUUUCCCCACCCCUCCAUUUCUCGCCAUGGCCCCUGCACUGCUCCUCGUCCCUGCUGCCCUCGCCUCUUUCAUCCUGGCCUUUGGCACUGGAGUGGAGUUCGUGCGCUUUACCUCCCUUCGGCCACUUCUUGGAGGAAUCUCGGAGUCUGGUGGUCCGGAUGCCCGCCAGGGAUGGCUGGCUGCCCUGCAGGACCAAAGCAUUCUUGUCCCCCUGGCUUGGGAUCUGGGGCUCCUGCUACUAUUUGUGGGGCAGCACAGCCUCAUGGCAACUGAGACAGUGAAGUCAUGGAUGUCCCGGUACUUCGGGGUCCUUCAGAGGUCUCUGUACGUGGCAUGCACUGCCCUGGCCUUGCAGCUGGUGAUGCGGUACUGGGAGCCCGUGCCCAGGGGCCCCGUGUUGUGGGAGGCUCGGGCCGAGCCCUGGGCCACUUGGGUGCCCCUCCUCUGCUUUGUGCUCCACGUCAUUUCCUGGCUCCUCAUCUUCAGCAUCCUUCUCGUCUUUGACUACGCAGAGCUCAUGGGCCUCAAACAGGUGUACUACCAUGUGCUGGGGCUGGGCGAGCCUCUGGCCCUGAAGUCUCCCCGGGCUCUGAGACUCUUCUCCCACCUGCGCCACCCAGUGUGUGUGGAGCUGCUGACUGUGCUAUGGGUGGUGCCCACCCUGGGCACUGACCGCCUCCUCCUUGCUCUCCUCCUUACCCUCUACCUGGGCCUGGCUCACGGACUGGACCAGCAAGAUCUCCGCUACCUCCGGGCCCAGCUGCAAAGAAAACUCCACCUGCUCUCCCGGCCCCAGGACGGGGAGGCCGAGUGAGGGGCUAACCCUCGUUCCAAGCCCUGUACUUCCUUUUCCCCUCCAAUUCCAAAUCCCCUUAACAUCCAGGCCUGGGCUGCUUCAGACCAGAGGCCCAAAUCCAUGGACUGAAGGAGCUGUCCCUUCCCUUGCUUGAGCCUCCGCUCCUUGGGUCCAGCUCCAUAUCUUAAAUUCUGAGUUUCAGCCAUUGGACUCCAAGGGCCGCUUCUCACCAGCCAGGAAGAGGGAGUGGGGAACUUAUCUGUCUCCUCAGAGUUUAGGGCUUGACCCUCCAUUAACAACCUCCUCACAAGGAGAAGGGUCUGGCCUGACCACUCCCCUGGUCCUAUUUCUGGCCUCUGCGCCUCAAGGAUCCUCUUCUCCACGUCUAGCUCCCCUCCUAGGAGCUGGACCAAGGUCCGCAAGUUUGACGAUAGUGGCUGCCCCAUCAGGCUCCACACCUUGCAGCUGCAGCCCAGCCCCACUGUCUGGCCUUUCCAGCUCCCUAGGCCCUGCCCCUGGCCUCCAGACUCAUGAACCCAGUUGAGCAGAUAUUUCUGCUCUUAAUUCGGGUGACUAAGGGCUCCCUGCUCUCCCGAGUAACUCGCGCUACAGGAAAAUAAAAUUCAGCCUGGUUUUUCUACGUGUA